CCGGGAAGAAUUUGAGGGAACACACCCUCUUCCGGCCAACUCAUCUGAACUCUGCUGUCAGUUCAAAUGUGUCACUUUCUGUCUUUCUGUCAAACAGUCGAUCGCUUCGCUUUAAAACAGACCGAGGCUGUGGAGUAAAGUCAUCAGGAGAGAUGGUGUUGCUGACUAUGAUCGUUCGAGUCGCCGAUAGUCUGCCGCUCGCUGCAUCGAUGCAAGAGGACGAGCAGUCAGGCCGAGACCUACAGAGAUACCAGAGUCAAGCCAAGCAGCUCUGCCGAAAACUGAACGAGCAGAGCCCCACGCGAUGCACUCUGGAGGCAGGAGCCAUGGCCUUCCACUACGUCAUUGAGAAAGGAGUGUGUUACUUGGCCUUAUGUGAAGCAGGAUUCCCCAAGAAACUGGCGUUUGCGUAUCUGGAGGAUCUGGAGGGAGAAUUCAGUGAGCAGUACGGGGCAAAGGUCCCUUCAGUGUCUCGGCCGUACUCUUUUAUCGAAUUUGACACAUACAUUCAGAAAACCAAAAAGUCUUACAUAGACAGCAGAGCACGAAGAAAUCUGGGCCACGUCAAUUCAGAGUUACACGAUGUCCAGAGGAUCAUGGUUGCUAAUAUCGAGGAAGUGCUCCAGCGUGGAGAAGCCUUAUCUGCCUUGGAUUCCAAAGCAAGUAAUCUGUCCAGCCUUUCUAAGAAGUACCGCAGCGAUGCCAAGUAUCUCAACACACGCUCCACCUAUGCUAAAGUGGCCAUCGGAGCCGUGAUUUUCAUCACACUCAUCGUUUAUGUGCGCUUCUGGUGGCUGUGAAUGAUGUUGAUAACAGAGCUAUGCAAAGAACAUCACAUCUGUAUCUGGAGAAAAAAUUAUACAUCUUUGUUGGGAGAGAAUUUAAGAGCACUGUCAAAUAUAUUUUUAAUUUGUGACUUAUGUAAAAUGUGAAGAAGCUUUUCAAAGAACAUCACAGUAAAUGCAGACAAUUGAACUGUAA